UCGAGCUGAAUUAUCAAACCUCUCGUUUGCUAGGUGCCAUGGUCAUUUAGCAUGACACGUGGGCAAAAGACGGGGGGUCAAGGGUCAGCACCGUUGAAGUCGAAGCAAUAAUGGAGGAGUACCUCUCCUCCCAGUCUUGCGUCUCUGCCACGUUGAUCACCGCAAUCGCGCCACGUCUUGCCUCUCAGGCAGGAUAUACAUCAGUCAUGCUCCUAUGUGUGACCGUGUUCGUCUCGCUGUGACACACACUUCUCCAUAGCAAGAAAAACCCAUGGAGAUUGCCGUCUCCGCGGUGGCAAGCGAGCUCGCCGGCCGGCUCGUGUCUUUCCUCAUCAGCAAGUACAGAGGCCAGGCACGCCUGAGCAAGAAGGAGAACCUGGAGUCGCUGCGCCGGCUCCUCCUCAGAGUCCACACCGUCGUCGAGGAGGCUGAGGGGCGAUACAUCACCAACUCACGGAUGCUGCUGCAGCUCGAGACGCUCGCGGAGGCUAUGUACCGGGGGUACGACGCCCUGGACACCCAUGGCACCCUGGAGCAGAUCGGAGCACGACCGGAGGUGAGCGGCUCCUCAGACUCCAUGGAUUUCAGAGGUUUCCAUAGCACAGCUGCCAGCAAAGAGGUGCAGACCGCACUGAGAGCUCUGGAGGCCGCCUCUUCGGAGAUGGCCGAGUUCGUCGCGCUUCUAGCAGGCUGCGAGCGUAUGCUCCGCAGCCCGUACAGCUGCCACCUUCACAUCGACAACUUCAUGUUUGGCCGCCGGGUCGAGAGGCAGCGGGUCAUCAACGUCUUGAUGCAGGACGGCCACCCUCCACCCGGGGCUCUCGCCGUGCUGCCCAUCAUCGGCGGCCGCAGGGUGGGCAAGAAGACGCUGGUGUGGAGCGUCUGCUCCGACGACCGGAUCCGCUCUCGCUUCCCUUCCAUCCUCCACGUCGACGGAUGCGAGAUUCAGAUGAUCGACCGUGGCAGGUUUACUCCUCCUCCUGUGAGGACUUUGAUCGUCGUCGAGUUCCGGUCGGACGUGGAUGACAGGGAAUGGCACGAGUUCCUCACGCUGCUCCAAACUCUCACCGGCGCAGGGAGCAAGGUGGUGAUCAUAAGCCGGCUCGAGAGGCCAGCAAGGUUUGGAACCGUGAACCCCGUCCGGAUCAACAGCUUGUCAAGAGAGGAAUACGGCUACCUUUUCAAGGUCCUCGCCUUCGGGAGCUCCGACCCGGCGGACCACCCGCGGCUGGCGCUGAUAGGGAAGGAGCUGGCGACGAUGAUGGAGGGGUCACUCGUGCACCUCAACGUCUACUCAAGCGUGCUGAGGAACAACCUGAACGUUCAGUUCUGGAGCCGCGCUCUGAGGCUGUACCGAACGGUGAUGGAGGCUAACCUGUCCGUCUUCGGUGAGCACCCGAGAGCUCUUCUUGACAGAGGCAGCACCGUAGAUAUCACCAGGUUCUCGCCGUCGUCGUCAGCGGCGGCUACCCCGCUUCGAUUUGUGCUGCUGAUCGGUGGAAGGGGCUCUUCCGGGCCAGGUGAGCUCCCCAGUAUGACAUUUGGAGAUAUAAUAGCAGGCUCUGUUGUUCUGCCGAUGAAGUUCGAGCUGGUGUGGGAAUCACGGUUGCCCCCUUACACCGUUAUCUCCGGCACUUGUGUCGCACAGAAGCCUCAACACUCGACUUCACCGAGGAAGAAACGCCGUACAUAAUGUAUGUUUCUGUAGGCCAUUACUGUGUCAGGACAUCUGCCUCGUGAUGUGAACUUCAACUGAAUGUAUCACUUUCCGUACUCCCUCCGUUACUAAAUAUAAAUAUAGGUCUUCUCAAAUAUUCUACUACAAAUGUAUAUAUACAUAUUUUAGAGUGUAGAUUCACUCA